AAUCCUCUCGUCAACCUUCUACACUUUUGACACAAAACGGUUACAACGUUUUUGGCAGAAGAACAAAAAAAAUCGGCAUCCCAAGAAAUGCAACGUUACGUUCCUAAUCAGAGAGAGACUUUUCUUUAAAAUAAAAAAGAAGCUUCUUUUUCAAGCAAUCCCAAAGUUCCUUUUGCUUCUCUUCUUAUCCCACAUCUCCUUUAAUCAUUUCAAUCUAACUAUCAUCUCUCUCGCUCUCUCUCUAAUUUGCAGUUCCUCCUGAAUCUCAUUCUAAAACUAAUUUGGUAUCUUCUUCUUAUUUUCUUAUGCUCUGAACGAACCGGUUUAUCCGGGUUUUGGAUUUGAUUCAAGACUUUAUUCCUAAAUUCUGUUAGUUGAUCUAAGAUGCUCGGAGACUUCAUUACAAGAACCAUAAUAUUGCUUGUGGGUUACGCGUACCCAGCAUAUGGAUGCUACAAAAGCGUGGAAAAGAAAAAGCUUGAGAUUCACGAACUUAGAUACUGGUGCAAAUAUUGGAUCUUGGUUGGUCUUCUUACAGUGUUUGAAAGGGUAGGAGACAUCACUGUAUCAUGGUUACCAUUCUACGGCGAGAUAAAAAUCGCUCUUCUCAUUUAUCUAUGGUACCCAAAAUCAAAGGGAAUUAGCUAUGUCUACGAAACACUAGUAGCUCCGUACAUGUCUAAGCAUCAAUCAGACAUAGACCAGGGGAUUACUGUUUUAAGGAUGAGAGGACAUUUAGUUAUUGUUCAACUAUGGCAAUGUGGCUAUCAUUGGACUCUCCAAAUCUUUAGGCACCUCCAACAACAAUUCGUCAUCGACAAGGUAUUAAAAAAACAAUCAAAUUUGCUGUAUCAGACAAACCACUCUUACCAAACUACAUUCACUUGUCUUUUGUCUGCAGAAAAAGAACCGAUCAAAAUCAAAAGAUAGACAACAAACAUUUAUGUUCCUCCGGUAAAGCUGUUAGCAGAAGAAGGUGCAGCUACUACUUCUAAAUCCCACAAUCUCAAUAACCAAAUUGUAAACCGACGGUUCACCGGAAUUGCAAUAACCAAACCAAUUUUGUAACACCUUUUUUUUUUUAUUGUAAUAUCAAACAGUUUUGUGUUCAAUUCUUGAAAAUCUCCACCAAAAAAAAAAAAACUAUUUGACAAUCAAAG